CGUAACUUAGGUUAUAUUCUCGAUCCAACACCAUUUCCGCCGACGAAGUUGCUGUUAUUGUUGCCCCCGUCGCUGCUUUCCGAUCGCCACCGAGUCACCGGCCGAGAAUCCAAUUUUUGUCGUCAUGGACAGAUUGCCCUAUCUUAUUCCUCUCCUCAUCUCCCUCCUCUCUGCCCUAAUUCUCCCUUCCAUGGCGGAGAUGAAGACCCUAGAGAUCUCCGAUGACACCCGCCAGAUCAUCCUCUUUGAGAAAUUCGGAUUCAGCCGUGCGGGCACCGUUAACAUCAGUUUAUCCGGCGUCUCUUUAGCCCCUCCCUCACCCUCCGACCCCGCCAUCGACCCAUCCUACUUGGGAUUCUUCCUCAUCUCCGACGAGAGCCUCAUUCAGGCCGCCUACGACUCGCAGCAGAAUCCUGAUCCCAACUCCUACCCCGAUUGCGUCCUAAUGAGCCCUUACGUCAAAAACAUCUUCAAGUUUUCCGAGCUUUCCCCACCGGUUCCCGACGGCGCUAUCAAUCGCUCCUUCCCCGUCUCCCAUCCAGAUGAAUACAGCCUUUACUUCGCCAAUUGCGUCUCCGGUUCUGCGGUCACGAUGUCGGUUCAUACGGAGAUGUACAACACCCGCGCCGACGGGACCCGCGACUUCCUAUCGGUUGGCCAGUCCCCGGUGCCGUCGAUGUACACUUUCUUCGCAGUCGCCUACUCUGCCUUCCUGGGCAUAUGGAUCUACCUCACUCUGUUUCAUAAUCGGCUCUCCUCCCACAAGAUCCACCACCUGAUGGCCGGGCUUCUGCUCUCCAAGGCCCUCUACCUCGUCUUCGCCGCCGAGGACCUGCACUACAUCCGAAAGACCGGCACCCCUCAUGGGUGGGACGUUCCUUUCUACCUUUUCCAGUUCCUCAAGGGCGUCCUCCUGUUCACCGUCAUCGUCCUCAUAGGCACGGGCUGGUCCUUCCUCAAGCCCUUCUUGCAGGAGCGCGAGAAGAAGGUUAUCAUGGUCGUGAUCCCGCUCCAGAUCGUGGCUAACAUCGCCUCGGUUGUGAUCGGCGAGACUGGGCCGUUCAUCAAGGACUGGGUCACCUGGAACCAGGUUUUCCUCCUCAUCGAUAUCGUCUGCUGCUGUGCUGUCAUGUUCCCUAUCAUCUGGUCCAUAAGAUCGCUGCGGGAGACGUCAAAGACUGACGGGAAGGCUGCGAGGAACCUCAUGAAGCUGACUUUGUUCCGGCAAUUUUACAUCGUUGUGAUCGGAUAUCUUUACUUUACUAGGAUUGUCGUGUAUGCUUUGAAGACGAUCACAUCCUACAAGUACCGGUGGGUGAGCGUGGCUGCUGAGGAAACCGUCAGCCUCGUUUUCUAUUUAUUCAUGUUCUACAUGUUCCGGCCAGUAGAGAGGAAUCAGUACUUUAUGAUCGACGACGACGAGGAAGCAGCUGCAGAAUUAGCUCUUCGUGAGGAAGAAUUCGAGCUCUGAUUGGUACUAGGUAGGAGACAUUUUUCAGGAACUUCUUGGUUUGAUCUCUACUGAUCUCUGAUAGUGUUCUUGCUAUAGGCUAAAUGGGGAAAAAAUAUCCAGAAACAAAAAACAAAAACCUAAAGAUAUUGUAUUCUCGUUUGAUCUGAUUGGCACUUGCAUUGCUUCCACAAUGUUUUCGAUACCUUAGUCUUCAUUUGCAUGGUGCUUCAGCUUAUCAUCUUUCUAUGAGCGUAAGAUUUUUGUACUGAAACCAAUUCCGCUUAAUGUAUUUAUACAGAGACAAAACUUUUA